AUGAUCGAUGAAACGGAGGAAGAUGACGAGACGCAGCGAUCAUCCCAAAACGACGGCGUUUCGAAGAGAAAGAGAAUGGGUUUCAAGGGUGGUGAUAAAGCAAAGAGAGCUCUGAUCGGAGCCGGUGGUCGGAUCCUGUUUUAUCCGACCCUUUUGUACAACCUCGUACGCUUCAAACUCCAGUCUCAGUUCCGAUGGUGGGAUCAAAUCGACGAGUAUCUACUAAUGGGAGCGGUUCCAUUUCGUAAGGAUGUUCCGCGACUAAAACAACUAGGCGUUGGUGGCGUAAUCACUCUUAAUGAGCCUUAUGAGACUUUGGUACCAUCCUCUUUGUACAAUGCUUAUGAAAUGGAGCAUCUGGUGAUACCAACACGUGAUUACUUGUUUGCUCCUUCGAUUGCAGACAUAACCCGAGCUGUAAACUUCAUUCACAAGAAUGCGUUGCUCGGUAAAACAACCUAUGUCCAUUGCAAAGCUGGUCGCGGAAGAAGUACUACUGUUGUUCUCUGCUAUCUGAUUGAGCAUAAGAGUAUGACCGUAGCUACGGCUUUUGAACACGUGCGCUCCAUAAGACCGCGGGUUUUGUUGCAUCCUUCUCAGAGGAAGGCUGUUGAGGAAUAUAGCAGACUACAAUCUCCUUUGAGCGAAACAGCAAUUCAUCGCAACCUCUGA